AUGCCACAGCAGCAGCAGCCAUCAAUCGUUCGCACCAGUCACUCACCUUCCCAAGAGCGGUCGUACCCUCCUCUCAACCAGCCGCAGAAGCAUCAACAAACCGACCAUUCUGGACCCUGCAUUCAUGGCCGGUCCCGGUCCAGGUCCCGGUCCAGGCCCUGGUCCAGGCCCUGGUCCAAGUCCAGCUCCAACUCACGGUCCAAGUCACGGUCCAAGUCCCGAUCGUGGUACUAUUCUGCUAGCUACCUCAACUCGUCCUCGUCACCUCUCUCCUCCUCCCGUGGUUCGUCCCAGGGAUUGUCACAGUCAUCAUCCGUGCCUAGUCCCAAGAAAUUAGCCUGGGUCUCUCAGCAUCACUCAAAGCAUCACCGACGUCGUCGCAGAAUCCACAGGUGUCCUAUGGACACGAGGUUUGCCCACUUGAACCCGGUCAGGCGAGCGCAGGCCAUGAGUCGUGAGUUAAAGGACGAGAGCGACGUGGGAAACCCGGGAGAGGGUAGUGCGCGGGAGAGCCAGAAAGAUGACCGUUUCGGAAACCUCACGCCGGAGCGUAGACUGCAGGAAUUGCGGUUGGAGAUGGAGAGGCUAUCACAGAUGAUGGGCGGAAGCUCUCGGUGGAGUGGACCCGAGUUCGAUUGCCUACUUUCCGAAGAAGCUUGGAAACUACUACACGAGGAGAGCACCCUCGAAGGGGUAGUGAAGGGUACCUCAGAAGUGGGCGGCGCUCGGCCAGAGUUCGAAAGCGAGCCUCAGCACGCCGAGGCCGUGUGGCGUUAG